AUGGGUUCGGCCAACAGUUGGCUGAGCGACAAAUGGACAAUAGCUUGGAUAGUGAUCCGGUCGCUGAAGAUCGAGCCGUUUAUAUUUCUGUUUGUAUUGAGUACUACUGUAUCCAAUUUGACUACCACACAGCUGAUCCAGGAUAAGAUAUGUGUCAACAAAUAUCAUCGGUCUCAGGAUUAUUGUGUCAAAAUUAGUACAUCCAGUGGCGGUGAUGAUGAUACCGGUGCUAUUGAUGAUGUUGAUGACGGUACCCGUAGCCAUAUACUGGCCGAUUUGGCCCAGUUUUCAAUCUAUACGACUAUUAUGGGAACAUUGCCWGCCUUUUUCUAUCUGCUAUUUAUUGGUCCGUUUCUCGACAGUUAUAUUCACGCCCGCAAACUGAUCUUAAUGUUAGACCAUCAUUACAUGCUAUUAUCAUACAUACCGGUAGCCAUGUUUGGUGGUUGGCCCUGUGUUUGGCUAACCGCUUACAGUUAUAUGACUAACAAUACUAUCGAAAAGUAUCGGUUCAUCAAGUUUGCCGUGUAUGAGCUGGCAGUUUUUAUAGGUAUAACCACCCAACCAACCACUUACCCCAUGUCCAUUAAACAUACUCAAUUAGCUAUACGGUUAUUUUUUGAACUAGCCGGUCCAUUGGGCACMUACCUGGGCGGCUUACUGUURGGCAAUGGCAAUCCUGAUGCCGGCGCCAACAAUCAAAUACAUAACUAUAAGUGGGUGUUUGCCGUUAGUAUYGGCACAUCACUGAUGGCUUUUAUUUGGGUAACGGUUGUCAUCAAUGAGAAAUCACAGAGGAAUGUCAUCGAAAACAAACCGAYCGCCGAUAUCAACGGCAACAAUAUCAUCGACAACAACAAGUCAUCAUCAGAUGAUGAGGAACUAUCRUCAGCUAAAUGUGUGGGACAUAUAGUUCAUAGCAAUAAAUUUCGUUUUAGAUACAUGUUUGACGUAGAAAAUCUACGCCAAGUAGUGCGGACAGCCCUAAAACCCCGCCCUAACARAGGUCGCACCUACUUAUGGUUAUUGUUUUUCUGUAUGUGUAUUGUUAUUAUGUCCGACAUUAAAGCCUUUAGUGUAUUGUUUCCCUAUACGGAACGUCAGUUCGGUUUCGAUGCCCAAACCUAUAGYUAUGUACGAUCGGUAGCCGAAAUCGGUCAGAUCAUYAUAAUGGCCGUAACAGUACCGAUACUGUCCACCUAUUUYCAGYUAAGCGACACAAAAAUGGGUAUCAUUGGUCUCGUAUCGAUAUUCGCAUCGGAUAUGUUAGUCGGYUCKUGUAUCCGAUCGCCAAUCGGUUUGUAUCUGAUGUACGGUGCGGCCAGUAUUGCCAACAUAAGCUCGGUUGCCAUACGGGCCCUGCUGUCGAAAAUAGCUACCGAUCGSGAAUCGGGUCGUGUAUUUUGUUUGUUGGGUGCACUGGARGCCAUURUWCCUACACURCAGUCACUGUACAGUAAUACACUGUUCSAGUAUACCAUCGACUGGUAUCCAUCCCUGUGCUUUCAAACGGCCGGUGCUUUUACAUUGAUUCCAAUCUAUAUAUUCAUUUGGAUGGACUUAACUUAUCUGAUAAAACCUGAAGACAAUACUAAGUAA